UUUUCUAUAAUUUAUAUCACCACUUUCUCUCUCAAAUUCACACAUGGAAACCCUUUUACGUGUUAUAAAUAUUGGAUAGCUUUCUUGUAAAGAAACUGUCAGGAGUGAGUAGAGUUAUGAUAGCCAUGGAUAAGCACUUGAACUUAUUUUCUGCUAUAACAUUUUGCGUGCUUCUGAGCUUUUCUUUCAUUGAAGCAGCUCCAAAAGGUUCGCUCAUAACCUCCAUACCUGGUUUCACUGGCACUUUCCCAUCAAAACACUACUCAGGAUAUGUGAGCUUUGAUGAGAAGAAUCUUUUCUACUACUUCAUUGUUUCUGAAAGAAACCCAUCAAAAGAUGCAGUUGUUUUGUGGCUGAAUGGUGGACCUGGUUGCUCUAGCUUCGAUGGAUUUGUUUAUGAGCAUGGACCAUUCAACUAUCAAGAAGGGCAGCAAAAAGGAAGCCUGCCCACAUUGCAUCUCAAUCCAUAUAGCUGGUCCAAGGUUUCGAGUAUCAUAUAUUUGGACUCUCCUUGUGGGGUUGGCCUCUCUUACUCCAAAAACACAAGUAAAUAUACAAAUGAUGACUUACAAACUGCAGCUGAUACACAUACUUUCCUCCUUAAGUGGUUUGAAUUAUACCCAGAAUUUGUUACCAAUCCCUUUUAUAUAUCUGGAGAGUCUUAUGCUGGAAUCUAUGUGCCUACCCUUGCUUCUGAAGUGGCUAAAGGAAUAAAAUCUGGUCAAAAGCCCAUUCUCAAUUUCAAGGGUUACUUGAUAGGUAAUGGAGCAUCUCGCAGUCAAUAUGAUGGAAUCAAUGCUCUUGUCUCUUUUGCACAUGGGAUGGGUCUUAUCUCCAAUGAUAUUUUUGAGGAAAUUCAAAGUACUUGCAAAGGAAACUAUUAUAAUCCCACUGCUAAUUGUGACUCAAGCCUUGAUAAACUAGAUAGGUCUAUCUCGGGCCUCAACAUUUAUGACAUUCUUGAGGCUUGCUACCAUGACCCUGAAUCACAACAGAAGGCUAAAGGAAACUCAAGCUUGCCAGAUAGCUUCAAGCAAUUGGGGGUUACUGACAGGCCUCUUAAGGUCAGAACCAGAAUGUUUGGUCGUGCUUGGCCUCUUUGGAGACUAGAAAAGAAUGGUAAAUUUCCUUUGUGGCCCGAACUAGCAAGCCAAGGCAGUGUCCCAUGCUUCAGUGAUGAAGUUGCGACUACAUGGUUAAACGAUGAUUCAGUUAGAAAAGCAAUCCAUGCUGAACCAAAAUCAAUUGCGGGUCCUUGGGAACUAUGCUCAAGUAGAAUAGAUUAUGAAUACGGUGCUGGAAGUAUGAUAUCUUAUCACAAGAACCUAACAACACAAGGAUAUCGAGCACUCAUUUACAGUGGUGAUCAUGACAUGUGUGUGCCCUUCACUGGGACUCAGGCAUGGACUAGAUCGCUUGGAUAUAAGAUAGUUGAUGAAUGGAGACCAUGGAUGUCCAAUGGUCAAGUUGCUGGGUACUUGCAAGGAUAUGACAAAAACCUCAUUUUCUUGACUAUCAAGGGUGCAGGGCAUACAGUUCCUGAAUACAAGCCUCAGGAGUCCUUGGAUUUCUUUACCCGUUGGCUAGAUGGGAAAACAAUAUAGUCAAAUUUCGCAAGGAUAAAGGCUGCAUAAAUGUUUAGUGAAUUGCAUUUUGAUUUUCAUCCUCUUCUGCUGUAUAAUGGAAGAAAUAAAGUUCCAUUAAAUUAUACAAGGAAGAAAGAGUAAUUAUUUCUAAUAAGACUUCGAUUGUACCAAUACAUAAUUUAGGUCUCAAGUCAGAUAAUAAUUCAAGUUCAGAUUAUUGUGCCUUUAGACAGGCUAAAAGAGGCAUUGAAUUUUCAGUCUUUAGCCUGAAAAAGAAAACCAUACAUAUAUCCAGUGGCAAGAAAGUGCCUUUUGAUUUA